UAUCACAUAAAAACAUGUAUGUGGUAACUAAGUAUAUGCCACAUGUACGGAUUGAUUUUCAUGUAAAACUGUCAAUUGUGUGUAUUUAAAAUGCACGCAUAUGUACAACAGUAGAACUUAACGCUUCCUAGUUCUGCUGAUACACAUGCUAAUUGUAUUUUUGCACUCGAAUACCCCGGAAUCAAAUUGGACAAUUAUGUCAUAAAUUAAGCAAUUACAUAUUAUCAUUAUUUAAUUCUGGAAUAAAAAACUUGGCAAAACUUUAACACCUUGACGGUAGUUUGUAAAAUAUAGAUCAUUACUUCGUCGCAAUUAGGGCAAAGUGAAGGUGAAAGUUUUUCCAGCCAUUUUUACAUAAUAUUUUAAGAUGUGCAACGACAAAGAAAAUAGUCCUUCAAAUUUUGUAAACGUAGACUUAAAGGAUCACAACGAUGAAGGGACGAUAGUUACGAAGCCGACUUGGCUGCAUAAAAUAAUUCCCAAGAGUUCUUAUGGAUAUACGAACCGUCAAAUAAAGAUUUGUUGUGUAUUUGCCCUGGUGGAGUUCUUCGCAGCAACUGUGAUCUCAAUUCAAGCUCCCUUUUUCCCUCACGUGGCGGCGUCUAAAGGAGCGACUUCUGUAGAAUAUGGUUUCGUAUUUGGAAUAUUCGAGUUGUCUGUGUUUAUCAUGUCACCAAUUUUUGGGGCGAAGAUGAAUUCUUGCGAUCCAAAAAAGGUGUUCAACUUGGGCAUUCUAACCACUGGAAGUUGCUGCUUGAUUUUUGGUUUCUUGAACCUGUUAGAAGACAGGGUCGCAUUUAUCGCUUCCUGUUUAAUCGUACGGAUGGUGGAAGCAGUCGGGGAUGCAGCCUUUGUUGUAGCUUCAUUUACAAUCAUCGCACUUGAGUUUCCAGAUUCCAUUUCAACCACGUUUGGGACAAUGGAAACGUUCUAUGGUCUUGGAAUGAUCGGGGGUCCAACAAUUGGAGGAGCCCUUUAUGAGGUUGGUGGAUACUCACUUCCGUUUUCGACAAUGGGAGCACUUCUUUUACUCAGUGCAUUUGCAACGUACUACAUUCUUCCGGAAUUACCAUCGACUCAAGAAAAAGUGACCACGUCAGGAUUAGAGACAUUUUACCUGCUAAAACACCCAUCCAUAUUUAUUACUGCCUACAGUAUUGUUGCCACAACGGCUGGGGUUGGUUUCCUCCACUCGACAUUAGAACCACAAAUUGAUGUUAUCCAGCCUGGUCUGAGUAAGCUGGUUAUCGGUGCUGUGUUCAUUCUUAAUGGUGCCGUCUAUGCAUUAGGGGCUCCAACAUGGGGAAAACUAUGCGACAAUGUGCCUCAGCCAAAAUUUUUUACUCUCUUGGGAUCCGUGUUUAACAUCUUGGGGUUCAUCUUUAUUGCUCCACUUCUGACGAUCACUCCAAAUUUGUGGAACAUUUGUGUCGGGCUUGUACUUUUUGGCUUAGGAUUGGGAUCCACCCUCGUCUCGGCAUUUACUCAAGCAAUGAAAGACGCAGUGGCGCUAGGUUAUCCUGACGAUGUCGCGACGUAUGGAAAAGUCUCUGGAUUGUGGACAUCAAUGACAGCACUGGGAUUUUUCAUUGGAUCCGUUGCUGGUGGGGUUCUCCUCUCCAUGGUGGGUUUCCAGCUGGGAACUGUCUUCGUCCUGGGGGCGCAGCUACUUCUAGUUAUCAUGCUCCUAGUGAAUCACUACAGAUGUAGUAGGUCAAAUGGGAAACAAAAAAUCCAACCUCUCUCCCCAGACCCCCUCUCAAUUAUUAACAAGGAAGGCAGACUCGACAACGACAUUAGACUAUGAAAUGGGAACAAAGCUUCGGAUCAAUAAUCAUAUUAUUCCCAAUUUCCCGUUGCGUGGAUCAUGCAACCUAUGAAAACGAUAGAAAUAACUUUUUUAAUAAUCUUAUUAAAAACUAUUUUGUAAUGUGAUAUCAAUAAGAUGAUUGAUAUGAUAUGAGACUGAAUAAAGCUUGAGCUUCAGA